AUGUUGUCAAUAAGAGAUGGAUCAUUGGCGGUACUUCUAUUAUUGUUUAUUGCGAUAGCAUUAGUCUUUUUGCAAAGAGCCAGUGAUAUAGAAUCCAAGACAGACAUACAAAUUGGUCAGCAGGUAUUAAUAGGAGGAUGGCAAGAAUGCAGUCCGGAUGACAAUGAAAUACAGGAACUAUUGCCAAAUGUUUUAACUAAAGUAAAUCAACAAUCAAACGAUGAGUACCAUUUGAUGCCAAUCAAAUUGCUAAAAGUUUCAUCUCAAGUUGUCGCCGGUGUGAAAUAUAAGAUGGAAGUACAGGUUGCUCGAUCAGAAUGCAAAAAAAGUGCAAGUGAGCAAGUUAACUUGAAAACAUGUAAAAAAUUGGAAGGACAUCCGGAUCAGGUGAUGACAUUGGAGGUAUGGGAGAAACCAUGGGAAGAUUUUUUGCAGGUGAAUAUUUUGGAGACAAAGGUACUCUCGUCAGUAUGA